AUGGCCUCAUCUGCGGCGGAUUGUCAAUUCUCCGUAACCUCCCCUCAGAGACCUAUGCCUCAACUAAAACCUCUACCUCUAGCUUUAGUCGCCGCUGUUUGUCGUCAAGCAAAGGCGCGGAAUUCCGUUUUCCUUUCAUCAUAUCUUAUCAGCGAUCCUAACGACUUUGAAGAUCUUUGUCGGAAGAUUUAUUUCCCCACAACUCCUAUCUCCCUAGGCGACAUAACAACGAUGCAUGGGAUCCUAGCGUGUCUCCUUCGAGAACAUAUUGCCUUCCAGGAACCUCUUCCGAAAGAAUUUGACGUCACAGACCAUUUACGGCAAUGUGAUAAAAACUUCAACGUGGCCAUAGAGACCUAUGAUAUUUUGGCCAUUCCUGCGUUUGAAAACAUCUUCGCCCUGUCUCUUGGGAUUAUGAAAGCCCAAGGAUUAUCGAAACCGACAUUGUGUUGCUCCCUUCUGUCUGCUGCAAGCAGUCAAUGCAGAAUUCUGGGGUACUGUAGGGAGGGCAUAUAUAAGAAUCUUUCAACUAAGACGGCAUCACAAAUGCGCCGAGUUUUCUGGAGCGUAUACAUUUUUGAUAAAAACAUAUCUCUUAUUCACGGCCGGCCCUCGUAUCUUCAGGAUUUCGAAAUCGAUACACUCUAUCCCAAGGCGUCGACAGAUCCCAAAAGACGGCCGUGGGACGAGUCGUUCAUCAUGGCGAUAAAAUUUGCGACAAUACAAGGCUUAAUAUACCGCCAUUGUUAUUCAAAGGAUGCUGUCAUGUAUACGAUUCCCGAGAGAGAGCUUCGUAUUACAGAGCUUUCAGUAGACUUAAAAGAGUGGUACUCCAGAUUUAAGCAGAUUGACUACAGCCGCGUCAAUAACACUCAGAUAUUUAAACUAUCAAGAAUAAACUGGGACGUUAUGUACUAUUCGACCCUCACCUUACUUUUAAGACCUAUACCUAGUUCAGAUGGCAGGGGCUACGUCAGUUCACAGUGUUUUGAGGCUGCUCGAUCUAGCUUACAGAGCCACCUUUUGUGCUUUUCUGCAUAUCCGAACCAACAGAACCUCACAAUAUCCAAAGCAGAUUACGCAGAUUGGAUUCUUCAUCUCUCGUCAUUCACUCCAUUUAUCGUGGUCUUUCUGCAUUCCAUCGCCGCUAAAAGUGAAGAAGAUGUACAUCUCCUCAAUCAGGUUGUUGAGACACUUCGAAGCAUUAAUAGCGUCUCAAAAGCUACUGAACGGUUAUACAAAAUCUGUGCCGCAUUAGCGCAAGUUGCUAACGCCAUAGUCGAGUCAGGAGUCAUUCGAGUUGAAGGUUAUGACAAGGUUCAAGAUUCGUUGCACUUUAUUAACAACCUUGACCAUAUCAUUAGGUAUAAUGAUCAUAUGGAGAACGGGUUAUUACUCCAAGAUCCUGAGGAGCUCGCUGGAGUUGUGCAUGAUUGGGUUGUCGGCGAGUCACCUUCAUGGUGGUGA